CCAAUGGUUUAGAAAAGCCGCACACGUGGGCUACAUCAAAGCGAGUAUCACGCAGCCAGCAGUUUGUCGAAAAUACCAACAGUUUAGACAGAAUCCAUCUAAACACCAACAGUUUCAUCAUGGUCAGAAACAAACUCCUCACCCUGGUAUUUAUCCAGGAGCCUGAACGGCUCCUGCUGGGAUUGAAGAAGAGAGGAUUUGGGGCUGGUAAAUGGAACGGCUUUGGUGGCAAAGUGCAGGCAGGCGAAACAAUAGAAGAUGGAGCCAAAAGGGAGCUGUUGGAAGAGAGUGGAUUAAGGGCUGAAGCUUUGGAGAAGCUGGGACUUCUGAUGUUUGAGUUUGUGGGUGAACCACAGCUGUUAGAAGUUCAUGUCUUCUCUGUCAAGCAGUUCUCUGGAACACCUGUAGAAACUGAAGAGAUGAGGCCGCAGUGGUACUGUACAGAUAACAUACCAUAUGACAAGAUGUGGUUGGAUGACAAAAUGUGGAUUCCCCUUUUGUUGAGAGGAGCAAAAUUUUCAGGCUACUUCAAAUUUGAAGGACAUGAUAAAAUACUUUAUCAUACCCUGACAGAAGUGGAUGAUGUGUCAUGUUUAGAAGCACAGACAAAGGUGUGACCAGUUGUUCAAGCUAUGCCUAUUCAGGGUUUUAACUGAUGAUGAAGAAAUUGGUAACUGACUAGGUGCAGAUGUAUUGAUUGUUACUGGGUGUUUAACUUUCUAUGUCAGUACCAGGGAAUUAGCCAGUUAGCUCCAUCAGCAAACAACAGGAACUUUGGUAUUAAUUACCAACUUUUACAACAUGGCUCUUUUGUUAAGUAGACCAAUAUGAUAUAAAUUAAUUUGUGAACCAUUUAUCGAGAUUGAUUGUAUUGUUUUGGGGGUGACUUCAUGGGAACAUGCCGUGGCUAUUGGCACCGAGGAUGGUCUGUGACAUGUAGGACAUUCUCUGAGAUACAACUUUUGUUUUGUAUCGGAACCCGUACAAAUACAGAGGUAUAGCCUUUGUCAAGAUGAGCUUAGUUUUUAGGAUCUGAUAUUGUAGUUGUCCUUUGUUAGCCCAUUUACUGUUUAGGACAUAUCUGUUAUCACUAAAAUGCUUGAGACAGGAGAUGUUAAAAUUGAAAACAAUAACUCUGGAUACUAUUAAAUGAAAUAGAAUGUAUUCAGUCAUGUUUCCAGUUAGAUACCAUUUUAUGUAGUGGUUGUAUACUCGUCAUUGUGAAGUGCCUAGUACCUAUAAACAUUAUGUAUAGCAUCAGCACAUUGGAGUCUUAGCUGCCAAGUUUUAUGUUUUACUGGUACAUAUUUGAAGGCAUAUGUUUUACAAGUCUUGCUUUUUUGUCAUUUUUACGGACACUUUACUUUCACCUGAUACAAAUUGAAUGUAUCAGAUGUAUUGAUCAGAUAACAGUUUCAGUUGGGUUUAUGGAUGUUGAUUUUUGUGGACGCAGAUGAACAGUAUACAUAUCUUGAUUUCUCUUAUUCAUUUGUAUAGAUGUGUGUUUGCUUCUGUACUGGUUCAGUUUGCUGGUGUAUUACGCUUUAGGUAGAAAUUUCUCUGAGAACUUAAAUUUAACUAGGUGGCCGAGGUGGUUAGCACACCAGCACGGCACAGUGACCAAGUAACCUCUCACCAAUGUGGUCACUGUGAGUUCGAGUCCAGCUCUUGCUGACUUCCUGUGCGGACAUAUGUGGGAAGGUUUGUCAGCAGCCUGCUGAUGGUCCUGGGUUUCACCUGGGUUCUGCCUGGUUUCUACCUGGUUUCCUUUCACCAUAAUGCUGGUCACCGUCAUAUAACUGAAAAAUUCUUGAGUACUGCCUAAAACACCAAUGAAAUCAGUGGAAUAAAUGUAACUAAUUCAGUGAUACUUAAAGAAACCGCAAAAAGACUAGACCAACGCCCAAGAAGACAGACCUCAUUGGUUGGUAGAUCUCAUUGGGGUUGCCAUUCACCAUUUCAUUGGUUAAUGGUUUGUGGUCUGGGAGAGACGUCUCAAAUAAAUGAACAUUUAACGGUUAUCUUCAGACUUUUAGAGUCUGAAAAGUCUGAUUUUGAUAUAUUUGUUUGAAAACUCUGUGUUAGUGUAAAGUCAGAAAAUAUUUGUGGUAUCAAAUUGCCAGAGUUGGAAUACAUACCAAAAAAACCUCUAGUAGUAGAGUAUAAUCCAGGGUACUUUUUGUGUUGUAUGUUUUAUGGGAAUUUGGGCAAGACUUCUGUGAGAUGUGUGGCAAACCAGGAACUUAAGUUCCAGCUGGAAACGUUACCUGGUACAUUAUUUACAAUGAAAAGGCGCGAGACUCUUUAAAGUAAAAGAAAGCUAAAAUGUGAAGCCAGGUUCAUCAUACAGACAACUGAAAACUACUUCCAUUGAUUUUUUCAGAUUUUUUUAAGAGUUCUGAAAGGUAUUCAAAUAUUUGAAAGAUAUGAUGGGCUUUAUAAGCUUUAUUGACGGUAUCUAGGAACUCCGACGUCACAUCACUUUUUUUUCCCUAAUGUUCACCAGAAGGAAUGGAUUUUUGGUAACAUUGUUCAGUGAUCUUUCACUCAUUGGUAAAAAGUUAUUCUAACAUUCAGUGUUGGGAUAAGAGUUGGAUGAACUUGCUGUGACAUCAGAGUUCCUAACCUUUGAUAGCAUGGCCUGUAAAGCCGACCUUAGA